AUGCCCAUCAGCGAGCCCUUCCGACUUCUGGACCUCCCUCGGGAGGUUCGUGAUGAAAUUUACCGUGGAAUGCUUUGCGACUGGCGAAAGGAUGCUGCGCCUGGCCACAUUCUGGUGAAUGGCACGGUUCGGUUUGCCCCCAUGCGCCGCAGAAUCGAGGCCAACAUUCUGCUCGCCAACAAGCAGAUCUACCAAGAGGCGAAGCUGGUCCUGCUCCAGGAAAACCAGUUUGUCCUCGUCAAAAUCGGCGUCAGAGCUCGCCACAUUAUCCGAGCCCUUUUCCUCCCUUCCCAGGUGCCUGUGGUCACUGCAAGGCGUGAUUGUGCCGCUGUCUUCAAGGACCAUGUCGUCAUGACACACUUCAUUGACUUCUAUCUCGUUGACUUUUUCAACAACUCAAACGCCAAUUUUAGGAGGAUUGGUCGAAUCGAUCUCAUCCUACUGCACCGAGACCUUCCACAGUUCUGCAAGGCCGUAACUCGGCUCGACUUGUUGGGCCGUCAUUUCGUCCACUCGAAGCACGAGGUUACUAUACACAACCCCUUCGCAGUAACCUUGAGCCCACACUUUCUCAACCGCAAGAAUCAGGAGCGCCUCCUCGAGCCGUACACCAGGGAGCUCCGAGGUUUUGAUGACUUCAACAUCGACGGCCAUGUGCAAACAGACCUGGCCGAGGAGGUUGUUGCAAAAGUUCAGGAGGAACCGCCACCCCCGGACCCCGAGAAAUUCCUUGAAGACCUCCUGCACCAGAAAGAGCUCGGGGACCAGGCCCUUCACGGCGGAGACCAAAAAAAGGCCUCCAAGAUUUGGAAGGAUGCGACCUUCUCACUUCUCCAAGCAAGCAAACGCAGAACGUGGCCACGUCUCAAAGAGGCCGGCGGGGGGGACUUCACCGACCGUGUCAGCGAGCUGGCCUUCCAGAUCGAGAGCAAUCAGGCGCAGAGCUCCCUCGAGGCUAUGCGGGGAAUUCCCCUGCAGAUCCAGAUCAGUGAGGGCUGGAGCUACUUUGUGGAUACGCCGGAGUGGAAUGACAGGCCCGGCGACCUCAUGCGCCGCAUGGACUAUUUGGCAACAGACUUGCAGAGGGCCUGUUCAGAUGCCGAAAAGGUUGGAACACUUCUCGGUACUGGUUGGACUCCGAGCGACGAGCAGCUGGCCAGAGUCUGCUACAGCCUGGCUCAGGGACUCCGCCUCUUCGAGCUGAAUGUUGAUCUCGCCGAGCGGAAGAUCAAUCGUGCCGCCGAGCUUGUUCCCGAUGACCCUCUGAUUCAGGCGGAGGCACAGCAGAUCAGGGUGUGGAAGGCUAGAGUCCAGGGUGGUUGGACCGUGUAA